UUGUUACUUGAACUUUUUUCAGGCGCGAUCGAAAUUGGUGGCAGUACUAGUAUCUAUCGCAUUAGACGUCAGAAACCAAGCCAUUGCGUGCGGUGUGAGAAGCCUUUUUGCGGAAACCUACUCGCGGUCGCCGCUUUUGGCAGAAACGACAUACCUGGUUCCAGGCCCGACUGGUUUCCUAAAGCGAGAAGUGCGCUGCGUCCACCAUCUCUCUAAUUCGUCGUCGUGUAUUCCUCGCCACCUCCGGCCCAGUAGUGGGCCAGUAGCCAAAUAUCGGGUCGCGUUGUUCUGAUUUCGAAAUCACGCGCGGAGCGACCUGUCGGCGAACACCAAGAAGUGACCCGAGCUGCGGCCGCAGCAUCUGCCCCGCCGCCGGUUACCCAACACCCCGUCCCCCGCCCGAGUCAGCGGCAGCCAUGCGGUUAUCGGAGAUGCGGUUUGUGUACGGGCAGCUGGGGCACUUGAUGGCGGGCAUGAUCCUGGUGGCCAUGGGGCUGCGUGGGCGGCAUCGCCAACAUCAUUGUGCGCCCAUAUUCGGCGGGCUCUCAGAUAAAUUUGGCCGCAAGCCCUUCCUGCUGCUCGGCAUUGCCGGCAUCACCAUUCCCUACGCCAUCCUCGCUACCAGCUCCAGUCGCCUGGCCGUGUACCUGUUCUUUGCAGCGGAGACGGCAGGAUCGGCCAUGGGGGGCUCGGCGUGGCUCAAUCUCAUCUAUGCCUACGUGGCGGACGUGACACCCGAGUCCAACAGGGCAGCGGCGUUUGGAGCCAUCUCUGGCACCACGGCGUUUGGCUUCCUCGCUGGCCCCCUUGUCGCUCGCUUCGUGCCGCCUGCUUUCACCUUCCAUGUGGCCACGCUCCUGUGUUUGUGCGGAUGGACCUACAUCCUGUGCAUGGUGCCUGAGUCCGUCCCGUCCCACGCCUCCUGCGCAAGGCAGCAUCGCUGGCAGACGAGGAGCACGGCACCACGCCUGCUGCUGCUGCUGCUGGGGCUCACUGCCAGCAUACUGACUGCCAGCAUACUGACUGCCAGAAUACUGACUGCAAGAAUACUGACUGCCAGAGUACUGACUGCCAGAAUACAGACCGCCAGAAUACAGACCGCCAGAGUACAGACCGCCGGAAUACAGACAGCCGGAAUACAGACCGCCGGAAUACGGACCGCCAGAUUACGGACCGCCAGAAUACGGACUGCCAGAAUACAGACCGCCAGAAUACAGUCCGCCAGAGUACAGACCGCCGGAACACAGACAGCCGGAAUACAGACUGCCGGAAUACGGACCGCCAGAUUACGGACCACCAGAAUACGGACCGCAGAAUAACGACCGCCAGAAUACCGACCGCC